GAGCGACAGGGACCUGGACUGACUGGAGUCUCGUUAAAGCGCAGGGACGCGCACACGGAGUUCAGCGCUUCAGAGCCGGGGACGCACUUUGGACAUCCAGCAGCCACUGCAGGAGGAUUUCAUCCACAAGAGAUACUCUUUGUGUGAUUUUUUUCUCAAAGACCAUUGAGGGAUAGGAUUUUUUUUUUCUUUUGAAACUUAAUAAAGAAAGACAGAAAAAAAAAGAAAAACAACACAUCUUUUGUGUGAAGACAUGGGUCGGUGCACGGCGGUACUGCUUUUGUUAGUGGUGUCCUUAUACUUCCUGAACACAGAAGGGUACAAGUGCAGGUGCACUAGAAAAGGACCAAAGAUCAGAUACAAGGAUGUACAGAAGGUGGAGAUCAAACCCAAACACCCCUACUGCCAAGAGAAGAUGAUAUUCGUGACGAUGGAGAAUGUGUCCCGGUUCAAGGGGCAGGAGUACUGUCUUCAUCCCAAACUUCAGAGCACCAAGAAUCUGGUCAAGUGGUUUCGCAUCUGGAAGGACAAGCACAGGGUCUACGAAGCCUAGAAUCUGUCCACAACAAAGGGAUCGAGUGAGUCAGACAAAAGAAGAAAAAAAGAAAAAGAAAGGAUGACAACAUCACCAGGACUGCUUUUCGAAGUGCAAGAUGUAAUCAAAUGGGAAGCUGUACUUCUCCCUUCUUUUCUGCCUGAAUUCUGUCAAAUUAUAUGUAGUUUGUACAUAAUCUGGUGGGCUUUUUUCUUUUUUUUAGUCGGCCAUCGAUCUAGUUUCAUCACUCACAUUUCCAGUCUUCACAUCUGUAGUUAUAUCUGACAAGUAGAGGAGGAGACUCGACCAUCUGUCUUCAAACUGUUGCAGACUUAUUUGGGUGUUAUUUAAAAGGGACUUAUUUUUUUCUUUGCCUCCUAAAAUUCUGCAAAAAAUAAAGACUGCAUAAGAGAUCAUGAUGAAAAAGACAAAGCUCUGCAUUCACCAGGAAACGUAUAUUUGUACAAUCUGGUUCAUACCAUAGAGCUCAUCGCUGAAAUGCGAUGAGAUUGGUAGACGAAAGUCAGCAUGCAGUUAAAUUUCAUACAGGUAUUGCUGUCAAUCAUACAGACUGAAGAGAUUUAUCACUGGGUGUUUGUCUGUCUGUGUGUGCACCUGAGUGUGUAUGUGUGUGUAUUUAGCAAGACCAUGCUACAUAUAUGUGUCAAAUAAGCACAAUACCUUACAACAACCUCUUUGGAAAAUAUUACCUCUUUUAACCUGCAGGGCAUCGAUUUAACAGACAUUAAACUAUAAAAAUAAAUCAUUUGUGCCAUUGCUACACACAUCACGGUGUACUUAAGUGAGUUAAUGCAAAAGCUUGAUUAUUCAAUUUACAAAGAAGACGGCCCUCUGUUUUAUGCUUCCAGUAGUCAAACGUUAAAUUUUUUUUCACAUAAAAUAGUGUAUUGAAGCAAUGUGUAAUGCAAUUUGGUAUCUCUUUGCAGUUUUCAAAAUCUGUCUGUUUAUAGCAUCAAGAAUCAGUUUUUACCCUUGAAGAUUUAAAGUCUGAAAUAAGUACUUUGAUAUUUUAAUGGGUCUAAAGGGCCAUUUGAGUUUUAAAAAGUUUCACUCAGACAUUGUACCUUUCAUGAGGAAUAUUUUCUGUUGUGAAUGAAGAGGAGAGCUUUAGAAAGACACGACAGUAACACAAACUAUAGUGAUUGGUCAUUUAAAAAAAGA